AUGGAGUCGAAAUCAAAGUGUAAAAAUCAUCACAUAGUGAUGCUACCAUUCAUGGCUCAUGGUCAUCUCAUACCUUUUCUUGCAUUAGCAACACAAAUCUAUCAAAAAACAGGCUUCAAAAUCACCAUAGCUAACACCCCAUUGAACAUUCAAUACAUCCGUUCAACCAUAAACUCAACUCAUAAUGAAGAUAAACCUACCAACUUCAACCUAGUUGAGCUUCCUUUCUCGGCCGCAGCCGAAUACGGAUUACCACCCAACACGGAAAACUCCGAAAAUUUACCAUUAGAUCUUAUCGGGCAAUUCUUUGCUGCCUCAGCCACUCUCAAGAACCCCGUUCGUACUCUGUUGUCUGAUAUUGUCGCCAAAGAUGGUCAGCCACCACUUUGUGUAAUAUCAGAUGUUUUCUUCGGAUGGGCUAAUGAUGUCGCUAAAAGUGUCGGUAGUGUUAAUGUUACGUUCACUACCUGUGGAGCUUACGGUACUUUAGCUUAUACUUCCGUGUGGAUGAAUCUUCCUUAUCAACGGGCGAAUUCCGACGAGUUUCAUGUCCCGGGAUUUCCCGAGCAGUACCGGUUUCAUUUCACACAGCCGCAUAAGUUUAUGAGAGAAGCUGACGGUUCUGAUAUAUGGUCCAAGUUCAUGCAAGCGCAGAUCUCAAAUUCUUUCAAGUCUUUUGGAUUUCUAUGCAACACAGUUGAGGAAUUUGAGCCAUUGGGAUUGGAAUUAUUCAGAAAAUUUACUAAUCUUCCUGUUUGGAGUAUUGGCCCUCUGCUUCCACAUGAUUUGCUGAAAAAUGGGGCUCGUAAUUCAAGUUCGGGUAUUGUUACGACAAGUACUCAACGAGCAGGUAAGAAACUUGGAGUUUCAACAGAAAAAUGUCUUCAGUUUCUUGAUCUACACGGUACAAAUUCUGUACUCUACAUUUCCUUCGGUUCGCAAAACAGUAUCAAUCCAUCCCAGAUGAUGCAACUAGCGAUCGCGUUGGAAGAGAGUGCGAAGCCAUUCAUCUGGGUGAUAAGGCCGCCCGUAGGUUUCGACAGAAACUCCGAGUUUAAACCCGAAUGGCUACCCGAAAGAUUCGAAGAGCGAGUCACCGCAACGAAACAAGGAUUGCUGGUGAGAAACUGGGCACCCCAGUUGGAGAUUUUAUCACACGGAUCAACAGGAGCAUUUAUGAGUCAUUGUGGUUGGAACUCAGUGAUGGAAAGUUUGAGUCAAGGUGUGCCAAUUAUAGGCUGGCCUAUAGCAGCUGAACAAGCUUUCGAUUCGAAGAUGCUAGUUGAAGAAUUGCGUGUGAGUGUUGAGUUGACUCGAGGGACUCAAAGUAAAGUUGAGUGGGGAGAAAUUAAGAAUGUGAUAGAGUUAGUGAUGGGGUUGGAAGGUAAAGGAGAUGAGAUGAGGCAAAAAGGUAUGGAAAUUGCUAAGUUGAUAAGGCAAUCUGUGGAGGAAAAUGGUUCUUUUUUUAAAGCAUUAGAUGAUUUUGUGACCAACCUUUUGGCUAGAGUUGAAGAUUGUCGCUAAAUGUAUUCAUAUAUUUAGCGCACGAUUGGUUUGUUACACGAAUGAUAUGGUACAACGGUUGUAUUCAAUAAUUAUUUCAUAAUUUAUGCUUGGUUUAUCUA